UGUAAGCCCCACCUCUUUGCGGCUGCGCAGUAAAGAAGACGCCGGGAACAGGAACUGUCAGGUUACUGGAGGUUAUUAUAACGCGUUCAGGUUUAGUUCAUUUUUUUGAGGUGUACAUUUUGUUUGCGGUUUGUUUUAAGAGCCAUGAAUCCAGACAUUAGGAGAGAGCGUGAAAACGCUUCGUUUGAUGCAGAAAAACUAACAUAUAUUUUGGACGGGAGCCUGGAGAAGACCAAAAGAAGACGAGAAAUAGAGGCGCUUGUUUUCAGCGACCCAGACUUCGAGGAGGACGACCCAAACUUCCUGUCUCGCAGUGAGCGCUACGACCAGUCUGUUCGAAAAAGUGCCCAGAUGAUCCUGAAGCUCAGAGAGUAUGGCAUCGCUGAUCCGGAGGAGAUCUACUGCUACAAGAGUAUUGCUAGAGGCAACCAGCAUGAGACUUUAGGGCUGCACGAUGUCAUGUUCCUGCCAACCCUGCGCAGCCAGUGUGACCCUCAGCAGGCCAAGAAAUGGCUGCCUCUGGCAGAGUCCCUGCAGGUUCUGGGCACAUAUGCCCAGACUGAGCUGGGUCACGGAACUCACCUCAGAGGCCUGGAGACCACCGCCACAUUCGAUCCAGCCACCCAGGAGUUCGUCCUGAACUCUCCCACAGUCAGCUCCAUCAAGUGGUGGCCCGGAGGACUUGGGAAGACCUCCAACCACGCCAUAGUCCUGGCCCAGCUCUACAGUCUUGGAAACUACCACGGUCUGCAUGCUUUCAUCGUACCUGUUCGUCACAUGACCACACACAAACCUCUGCCAGGUAUUGUAGUUGGUGAUAUCGGUCCCAAGUUUGGUUUUAAUGAAGUCGACAACGGCUUCUUGAAACUGGAGAACGUGAGGAUUCCUCGGGAGAACAUGCUCAUGAAAUAUGCUAAGGUGGAGCCCGAUGGCUCGUAUGUGAAGCCGCCCAGUUCCAAACUGACCUACGGCACCAUGGUGUUUGUCCGCUCCAUGAUCGUUCGGGAGUCAGCUCAGGCCCUCUCCAAGGCCUGCACCAUCGCCAUCCGCUACAGCACCGUCCGUCGCCAGUCAGAGAUCCGACCGGGAGAGCCAGAACCUCAGAUCCUCGACUACCAGACGCAGCAGUACAAACUGUUCCCUCUGCUGGCCACGGCCUACGCCUUCACGUUCAUCGGCCAGUACAUGACACAAACGUACCACCGCAUCUCCGGGGACAUCAAUGACGGGGAUUUUAGUGAGAUGCCUGAGCUCCAUGCCCUCUCUGCGGGUCUGAAGGCUUUCACCACGUGGGAAACCAGCUCAGGGAUCGAAGUGUGCCGCAUGUCAUGCGGAGGCCACGGUUACUCCCGAUGCAGUGCCUUGCCAGACAUUUACGUCGAGUUCACCCCAACAUGCACCUACGAGGGCGAGAACACAGUCAUGAUGCUGCAGACUGCCAGAUAUUUAGUGAAGAGCUACCGGCAGGCUAAAGCAGGCCAGCAGCUCAGUGGCAUCGUGUCGUACCUGAACGAGUCACAGGACCGGAGGCUGCAGCCGCACGCCGUCGCUGCCAGACCACCGGUGGUCGACGUCAACGACCUGAGCAGCCUGGUGGAAGUUUACAAACAACGUGCCGCCCUGUAA